CCCAGUCUCUCCGCGCCUUGCAGCUCGAAAGGUCGCAUUCGUACCAGAUUGGACUGCUCUCAUACUUCCGACAGAUUAGAGUUCCCCCCAGACUCAUCUUUGUGGAUGUGGUUUGGAUUGGAAGGAUACAGAGGUGAGUAUGGAGGGUGGACUUACAAAACCGAGAGGGUUUCAUGUUUCCAAAACAUGCGCCCUAUUUCUUGCCUUCCUGAUGCUGGUACUGAUAGCAUCAGCGCUGCUCCUCAUGUACCUUCUAGCUCCAUGCCCGUGUGCCAGGAAUGAAAUUUUGCAUAAACGGCAUCAAAAGCCGUACCCGACGAACGUUCGACUGCCUAGGUCCGUUGUGCCGCAUCACUAUUCUAUCAAGCUGAUCCCGUUCCUUUACCCAGACAACUUCACGUUCACCGGCAGGGUAGUGAUUACGUGCAAUGUCACUAUGCCCACGUACAACAUAACUCUGCACUCCUCCGAACUCAAGAUCCACGAGACGAACCUGAGCCGUCUGACCAUGGAAGCGAUCAUGGACAGCGACCGUAACGAUGCUGAUUUGCUACUGCCAAUCAAAUCCACCGAAUUUGACAAAGAAAGAGAAUUUUACAUAAUUUAUCCUAAGGGCCUCCUGACCCCGGGCGGGUACAAGAUCAGCAUUAGCUUCACGGGUGUACUGAACGACGCGUUGCAAGGGUUUUACAGAAGUUCUUACACCGUCAACAACGUCACUAAGUGGAUUGCUGCUACUCAAUUUCAGUCGACAGAUGCAAGAAAGGCUUUCCCUUGCUUCGAUGAGCCUGCCCUGAAAGCUAAAUUUUCAAUACAAAUAGGUAGACUCAAAAAUAUGACUUCGAUAUCAAACAUGCCAAAAACAAAAAACACAGAACAAGUUUUGGAUAUGCCUGAUUAUGUAUGGGACCAAUAUAUUGAGUCUGUGCCUAUGUCCACUUACUUGGUAGCAUUCGUAGUGUCUGAUUUUGAACACCUCUCUCAAGGCACUUUUCAUGUUUGGGUGAGGCCAGAGGCGAUAGAUCAGGCACGAUACGCCCUGGAUAUCGGCCCAAAAAUCCUUCAAUAUUUUGAAAGUUACUUCCAGAUUCCUUACCCACUGCAAAAAAUGGACAUGAUCGCCCUCCCUGACUUUGCAGCAGGAGCGAUGGAGAAUUGGGGCCUUAUUACUUUCAGAGAGAAUACCAUGCUCUUCCAGUAUGGUGUUUCUACCAAUAGGGACAAGCAGAGAGUGGCAUCGGUUGUUUCUCACGAAUUGGCCCAUCAGUGGUUUGGGAAUUUGGUAACGCCCAGCUGGUGGUCUGAUAUUUGGCUGAACGAAGGGUUCGCCACAUAUGUUGAAUAUCUGGGUGUGGAUGUCGUCGAACCAGAAUGGAGGACCAUUGAUCAAUUUGUAGUAUCUGAUCUUCAAAAUGUUCUACAGCACGAUGCAUAUAAGUCCUCCCACCCUGUUUCAGCUUCAGUUUCACACCCUAAUGAAAUUGAUGAAAUUUUUGAUACUAUAUCUUAUGAAAAAGGAGCGUCCAUCAUUAGGAUGAUGAACCAUUUUCUUACAACCCCAGUGUUCAAACGUGGCCUUACAAAUUAUUUAAAUGGCAGAAAAUUCCAAAGUGCUACCCAAGAUGACCUCUGGCAAGCUUUAACAGAGCAAGCUCACUUAGACAAUGCCUUGGAGCCAGACAUCACCGUUAAAAAGAUCAUGGACACAUGGACAUUAAAAACUGGAUAUCCACUUAUCACAGUGACUAGAAAUUACAAAACUGGAUCUGCAUUGGUAUCACAGAAACGCUUUCAGUAUGGAAACAUGGAUAAAGCCCCAGGCAGUGACUGGUGGGUUCCGUUGAGUUACACGACACAGCCCAAAGUGGAAUAUGCCACUACAAAUCCGUUGUACUGGCUAAAGGCUGAAAAUAGUAUUGUCAUCGACAACUUGAAAGCAGAUCCAAAUCAUUGGGUCUUGUUCAACAUAAACCAAACAGGGUUUUAUAGGGUAAACUACGAUGAGAAAAACUGGGAAAUGAUCACUGCUCAAUUGAAAAAUCCCUCACGAUUUAAAAAAAUUGGCGAACUGAACAGAGCUCAGAUUCUCGACGACAGCCUUCACCUCGCAUACGCCGGUGUCAUUAACUAUUCUGUCGCGCUCAACAUCACAACUUAUCUAUCUGAGGAGACAUCUUAUUUGCCUUGGGCGUCUGCUUUCCCAGCGUUUAAUGACAUAAGAAAAAUGAUUGAUAAAAUGCCAAUCUAUGACAAAUUCAAAAAAUACCUACUACAUUUAAUUACUAAGUUGUAUGAUGAGACAAACUUUGAUGACAACUUGACAGACCCUCAAUUGGUGGUGUACAAAAGGGUUGAAGUCUUUCGAUGGGCCUGUAAACUGGGCAUAGAAAAAUGCCUGAGACAUUCAGUAACACAAUUUCACAAUUGGAGAAUAUCACCGGAUCCUACAAAACACAACCCUAUAUCACCUAAUAUGAAAGGGACAGUUUACUGCAAUGCAUUGAGAGAAGGAGGCCAAAUAGAAUGGGAUUUCGCAUGGGAAAUGUAUUUAAAGACGAACGUAAUUUCUGAAAAAGUCCUCCUCCUUUCAGCAUUGGGAUGCACAAGAGAGACAUGGCUCUUAAGCAGAUAUUUGCACUGGGCAGUAACCGAAGACUCUGGAAUAAGAAAACAAGACGGAGCGACGGUGUUCAGUACAGUUGCAAGUAACCAAAUUGGACAAUCACUCGCAUUUGCAUUCGUAAGGGAUAAUUGGAAGAAAAUAAAACAAUUCUUUGGACCAACGGCGUUUACUCUUGACGCCAUCAUACGAUCUACAACAAGUCAUAUGAAUACUGAAUACGAUCUGAAAAUGCUUAAAGAAUUUGCAGAGGUGAACUACAACGACCUCAUAGAACAGUCCAAAGCAAUCGAACAAUCCAUAGAGAUAGUGGAAAACAAAAUCAAUUGGAUGAAGAACAACUACGGCCAAGUGGAAAAGUGGUUGAACGAGUUCAGUUCAGUCUGAAACUCUUUCUUUUAGAAAAUAUUUUGGAAAACAACUUACAUUCCUUUUCGUUUAUUUUUUUGUAAAAACCAAAAGCUUAAUUUUAAGGCUACAUUUGACCAAUUCACAUAUUACGAAUUAAAUUAAAAUGCCUGAUUAUUCAUAGGGUACACUCUGCCAGUAUUGAAGUUCACCGAUCGCUGGCGUCGAAUUUUUUGUGUGUAAAAACCAAUACAAGAGAUGUAUAUAAGUAAAAUUUAUACUUUUUGUACAAAUGUUUUCAUCAAUUUUAGGCUACCAAAAAGUAUUUUCGAAAUGUUAAAUAAAUUAGUUUAAAAAAAAUCAA